CAUGGUCUAUUACGGUGGAGCCUGAUGGUCGUAAAAUUUGGGUGCCGGUUUGAACAUUGAAAACAUACUUGCUGCAACGAAGAGAUUGCUCGGUGGUCUCGAGGGUAUGCGAGGUGCAAUCGAAUGCCGGGUAUAUUAAUGUGGACUUCAAGAAACGACGUAAAAGGAUAAUGUGAUCCAAAUCUGCAGAAGACAUGUGGCGAGAUUUAAACGCUAGAGAGUUGGGGGCAAUACGACCGGGGCGCGUCAUCACGAAUGUCAGCUCACGAAGACUUCAUAGUUUAGAGUUGAGCACGCAGAAAGAGAUUGUGAGCGACUACGAUGGUGGUAUCAAUAAUCUGCAAGUAGAUAGGACCGAAGGACGCUACCUGUUAGCCGGAUCAUCUGAUGGUUCGGUGGGAUGCUAUGAUACACUUCAUCGCACAAGUGUCGAGUCACAUUCUCGCUCCCACAUCCACGAUGCUAUUUUCAAAGUGGAUAGGAGAAAUCCGAGGGGGCACAAGUAUGCGGUUUCUUCUGUUCAGUGGUAUCCCGUCGACACUGGCCUUUUCGUUACAGGUUCUUUCGAUCACCAUGUUAAUGUGUGGGAUACCAACAACCUUCAAGCUGAACUUCAGUUUGACAUGCCAGGGAAGGUUCAUUCUGUUUCAAUGUCACAAGUAGCCACUUCUCAUAUGUUGAUAGCAGUAGGAUCAGAGGAUCCGAUGGUGCGCCUUUGUGAUAUUGCCACUGGUGCAUGCACUCAUACCCUGGUCGGACACAGAGAUGCUGUUUUGGCUGUUCAGUGGUCUAUUUCCUGCGAGUGGACCCUGUAUACCGGAAGUUGUGAUGGUGCAAUUCGAUUUUGGGACAUAAGACGAGCUGGAUCUCAUAAGGUUCUAGACCAGCAUAACUCUCAGAUGGGCAGGCGACACCCUGUCUUGAAGUCUACUCCCGAUCGGGUGCGGCCAAUACCAAGGGAUGCUGCCAAAGAGUCACCGACGAAACUGCUAAAGCCAGCCUCUGGGGACAAAUCUACGAAGACGUCCUCGUCUCACGGAAAAUCAAUAGCUAAGAAAGUUGCGACUGCUAAAAGAUUACAUCCAGGAAUGGCCUCGGUGGAGAACCGUGCAACUGCCCACUACGGAGCAGUCACUUCCCUAACACCUACAAACGACGGUCAAUUUCUAGUAAGUGCAGGUGCUGAUUCGAGGGUCAAGUUGUGGGACGUUGAUUCGGGCUGUAACACUUUGGUGAACUACGAAAAUACGCGCAUGCAGAGAAGUAAAGCAACUCAGCUUGCUGUGUCCCCAGAUUCCUCUCUUCUGUUUGUUCCAACAUCGACUGUAAUUCGGGUCUACAAUUUGUGGACUGGCCGUGUGCUAAAGACGUUACGUGGGCACUAUGACACGGUCAACUGCUGCGAGUUUCAUCCCUAUGCACAGGAAAUGUAUAGUGGAAGCAAUGAUCGGAAGAUUCUUCUCUGGAGCCCACCCCCACCAGUCGAGGUUGACGAAGACGAGAAAGAGGGCAAAGACGGCGGAGCUAGCGAGAAAGGAGCUUUUAAGGCCCGUCCCGAUGAAGAUGCGUGGAGCGACUGAGGGUUCCCAACAGAUUUUGGAGUAUACACUUGUAUAUAUAACCUGUGAUCAGGACAGGGACCUUUCCUUGUGUCGAGAAUGACGGCCAUGUAUCCAUCGCUCAUCGCGAUCACUUGACAUUUCAUUUCACAGGAGCAAAAUAUGGAUCAGUCGGUCCGAGGUUGGGUACCAAAAAGUAUAUACGAGUUCAAGGAGAGAAGGUUAUGAAACGAAAGUCCAUACUUCAGCUACACCAUAGAGUUUUGUUAAUAUUUAUUAAGCAGGAACUAACAGCUCAUGGACUUCUUGAUAGGUAAUGGAACUAGCGGAUUACAUUUCGCUAUUCGGAAUAUUCGAUCUAGAUAUCUUACUAUUCUUAGUCGGGUCUCAGUAAAGAUGCGAUAUAAAAUGAGUCAGGAAAUAUUGUCCAGUGGAUUUCAACAAAUGCAUGUAGAUGUAAGCGUGAGCUUUAAAAUUGUACAUUUAAGAUGAUAUGAUUUUACCAGUAAGUUGAGACUAAGGCUAUUUCAGAAUGUUGCCGUAUUCCUUCUUAUGUUCAUCAAUGGAAAACCCUGUCAUCCCCGUCUUUAAGGGCCGCAAGAAUGCUGGUUCAAAUGCUGGUAGAAUACCCAGCCUACCUUACAGCACAAUACCUUUCCAUUCAACGUAUACAAGUCGAUCGAUCGUUUCUAUUGUUCAGCCCUGAAUUGUGGGAGUAAACACAGAAGCAGACACCUUUGUCAUGCUUGCUGUGUUAAUCUCCACGUGCUUCAGAUUGGGUCUCCCAUGUCCUGUAUCCAAGAGAAAUGAAAUUCUGAGCUUCUUGACACGAACCAGAUUGGCGGAGGGUUUUGUAACAGAUUCAGUCGUGUUACAUCACCGAAGACGUGUGUGAUCCGAGGAGUAGAUUGGAGGGAAAACUUUGUCUCUCAAAGUGUAAACAACUUGGACGUGAUUCUCCUCCAACCAUUGUAGUCUCACCACGAGAUGGCAUGAUCCCGUCUUUUUAUCUAGUGGACACUAUAGGUCGUGGAUGCCC